UUAAUGUUUUCCGGGCUUAUUUCCACUUUGUGAGAGGUAGAGUUUGGAAACUUCGCAAAAAUGAAAUUUUUAUGGGGUUUAGUAGUAUUAAUUUACGUAUUCCAUUCUACAGAUUCACAACCUUAUCAAUUCUCAUUUGGUGGAAGUAGCAGUGGCGGUUUAAGCGGCGGUGCUGGAGGCCAAGCAGGAGGUGGCGGAGGCGGUGGCGGUGGGGCUGGGGCCAGUAUAGAUAUUGAUUUGAGUGGAUUAUCUAAACUAGGCGAUGAACUUAAAUCGCAUUUAAGCAAUAUAUUCGGAGAAGGUUCUCACGCUUUAUACGAUAUAAGACAAUCACUCGAAGGAAUCUUGGGAACACUAACAGGAGGAUAUACCGAAGAAAUUAAAGGAGAAGGCAAAGGUGGCGGCAAAGGAGGCGGCAAAGGAGGUGGCAAAGGAGGCUAUUCUGGUGGUAUACAAAUUUCCACAAAAGGCAAAUUAAGCCUCAAAUCCCUAAUUCAAGGCUUUUUGAGUAUUCCGAUGAAAAUCUUCGGCAAUAUAGGAAAAUUAGGAAAGGGCGCGUUCAGUUUCGAAUUAAAGAUUGCCAAAUUGCCGUUUACAUUGAUCACAAAGGGCCUUGGAAAUGUGAAGAAAGUAGUUACAGGGGUACUGUCCACUGUAGGAAAUAUCGUUAGCAAGGGAAACGUUUUCACUUCUAAUAUGGUAGCCAAUGUGUUGGAUAAGGUCGCUGGCGGCGUUGGAUUCAUCGUAAAUCACGUAGCGGACAUUCAAAUAUUCUUCCUAAAAUUCGGCAUCAACAUAGCCAGUAAGGUCAAACAGGGCUUCAAAUCCAUGGUUACAGGGGUAGCGAAUGUAGUCGCAUUUAUUAUAAGCUCAAUCUCCAAAACCAUCAUGGGAAUACCGAAUUCGUACCCGGUAAAAACAAUCACCGGUUUGCCGAUUAUCAGGAACAUCGUUUCUAUGUUCAGCAAAGUUCGCCACAUGAGCUUGACCGUCCUUCACGCCAAUAUUGAACGACUAAUCGAAUUCUGGAAGACUCUGAUUAAAAGAAACAAGGACUUCUUCCUUCCGUUCUUCGAGAGAAUUUUCAGUAUUUACUUGGCCAUUGUAAAUACAAUCAGGACAAUCAUAGAUGGUGGGAAAUCAAAAGGUAUCGAAGCAGUUAUAGGUGGUACUAGAAUAGUACUUGAACCCUUAAUCAAAGGUAAACCAAUAACUCCUGAGAUGUGGUCUCAAUAUUGCACGGGAACACCUCCCAAAGGAUUAGAAAACGGCGAAGGAUCGAGCGGAAUAUCAAAAGAUGAAGGAAAACCUGGUUCAAGUACAGACAAGAACUCAGGUAAUCCAGAUACGGGCAAAGCUAUGUCCGGAUCUAUAUCCGGAUCUAUAUCUGGAUCAUCUUCAGAUGAUAAUAAACCGGUUAAAGAACAACCAGGGUCAAGCGAAGAAUCCACAAGUGGAUCAAGCGACGAAAAAUCUGAAAAUGAAAAGACUGAUGAGGAAGAAGAUGAGGGAGACUGUUUAGAAUCAGAUUUAAGUAAUGAUAGUACAGCUGAAGGAUCUGGAGAUGGUAGUGGAGGUUCCUCCGGCGGUUCGGAAUCUGGAAUGUCUGGGGGUGGUGGAAUGUCUGGGGAUGGGGGAAUGUCUGGUGGAGGAAUGUCUGAGGGGGGAAUGUCUGGAGGAUUGUUUAGUGGAGGAUUUUCUUUUGGAGGUGGCGGCGGCUCCAGCAGUAGUGGUUCUGGUGAUGCCGGCGGUUCCGCCGGUGGUUCUGGAGGUGAUUCUGCCGGUGGUUCUGGAGGUGGUUCUGCCGAUGGUUCUGCCGGUGGUUCUGCCGGUGGUUCUACCGGUGGUUCUGCCGGUGGCUCUGCAAGUGGUUCUGGAGGUGAUUCUGCUGGUGGUUCCGCUAGCUCAGGGGGCUCUGGAUUUAAAAUCAGCAUGGGUUCCUCUGGUGGUCAAUCGGGAAAAUCUCUAGAAGAGUUACUUUCAGAACUAAACAAAAAAUCCACUCAAUAAGGUAUAUAUGUUGACUAUUUCCGUUUUAGUUCUAAAUAUUUGUUAUAUUGUUGAAUAAAAAAUGUACUGUAGUUAUUAAAAUGGCAUUAAAACCGAGUUGAAGCAUUGCAAAGCUUUCAUAAACAUUUGCCACUCUUUUACCUUAUUUAUUAUGCACCUUAAUUUUGUUUUGGAUUUUUAAAUUCGGCUUAAAGAAAUUAGACAAUUCAAUUUCGAUUAAAUGGAACAUUGUCAUCAGAGCUAUUGAAUAUGGUAGGAACUUCUUCAUUUGCAUAUUCUAGUAUCAGUCAAUAAUUAUUUAUUAACAUAUCCACAUAAAUUCAUAAUAAUAUAGCAAGAAUAAAAUAAAAUUCCAAUAGAUUUCGGUUUUUAUUUUGAUUUGUAAAUAGAAUUUGAAUUUGUCUAUAUCACAAUUAAACUUAACUAUCAACUUAAAAAUUAAAAGUUUUCAUGUUUAAAAAAUUUAAAGAUAUAUUAA